CGCGAGACUACCACAAUACAGAAGAAGCUGGGGCUAGGUCUAAGUUUUCCUCAUGCAUCAUUAGAUGAUUCAUAUCAGCGUCAAGAUGUCGGGACGUUCAGGCCGCGCGGAGACCCGGAGUCGAGCCAAGGAUGAUAUUAAAAAGGUUCUAGCCGCAAUCGAGAAAGUGCGCAAAUGGGAGAAGAAAUGGGUGACGGUUGGAGACACGUCCUUACGCAUAUUCAAGUGGGUGCCAGUGACAGAAACAAAGCAGAUCUAUCGCACCAAAUCGACUGGUGGAGAAGCCAGAGGGCUAAAAGACGUAGUCCUUGAAAACACCAACUCUUUGCCAGAUUUGACCGAUGAAAACAGCAACCAGAGCUUUCUGUCUGACGUUUAUCAUCCGAAAAUGGAUAACAGCAGCAGCAACUCUAGCUCGCAGCAGGUCAGCCCGCCGCACACCUCCAGCCUCCGAACUGAAGACUCCCAACCACCAAUGCUUGGUCAGGAGAGUGUGGAUGAUCCGGUUCACUCUGGAAGGGAUGGAGCAGAUGAGCCUCCAACUCUGAUCAAGGAGGAUCUUCUGUCAUCAGGAAGUGCCAGACGAAGCACCACACGCACACAGGACGAAUCUGAGGAAUCGGGAGCACCUUCUUUAAAGAAGAUUUGCACAGGAGAAAAUGCUGUGUUAAGAUAGUGUACUAUGUGAAGAUGCACACAAAACCUAUCCGCAGUUAUUUUUACUUCAGCUAAGUGUUCAACAUUCAGGUGUUAAGUCUCUGUAGUAUGCUUCAUUUGGAACACCUGCACAAUCUAAUCUGUUCUGUAUCUGAGGUCCACGGUUACUAGUACAGAAAAAGAUUUAAAUGACUUUUAUCCUUUAAAAAUAUUUAUGUUUUGACUGUACGUUUAUGAUAUAUGGUCUCUGUACACUGUCGUCUCUUGUUCCAUGCACACAGAGCCAAUCCACACAUAUGCACCAAUUGUUUGUAGCAUACUACAAGUAUAGCACUCGCUGUCAAGCGGGAAGAUUUUAUGUACCAGCCUUUGGUUUAGUGUGUUGCAUGUGACUACUUUGGCAAUUAUCUGGAAGUGGGCAAGGAUCUCUCCAUCAAAUAUUCCCAACUUCUCCAUUUUUGGGCCACAGCAAAAUUUUAAUCUUUGACUGUUUGGUUCUCAUGAAAUGAGCUACGCUCAUACAUGCAGAGCUACACUCAAAGAUAUAAAUAUUCUGAUUAAAAAAAGAACCACAAAUUAUGAGACUUUGUUAAAACAUUUUUCAUAUUUGAAGACCAGUAAACCGCUUACAUUAUUAAUGUGAAUCGAACAUGCUGGAGUUGGAAUAACACCUUGGGAACAUGAAAUUUAUUCUGUCAAGGAGUUUCACAACAGCAAUGUUGUUUUGCUUGUCUGUCCAUUUACUGAAACCCAUCAUGCACAUCUGUCUGAGAGGGGAUAAUAGCUGGCCUAUGGCCCAGUAUGAAAGUUUUGCAGUCCAGUUGAAGGGUCAGCUUUUAAAGUGAGAUAGAUGCUAAGCUACCAAUUGUCAAAUGUACAGUAUUAAUUUAUUCGUAUAGUAUUAUUGUAGUUCACAGCAGUGUUUAGCUCAUUUACAUCAUAUAAAGAGGCAAUUGUGGUGUUUUGGUCAUCUUAGCUGCACUACAGUAGAAUAAUAAAGACACCUCAUUGUGAUGAGUGCAGUUUUACAUUGCGACAUACAAGCCCUUUAAUCAGCACUUGUUAAUGUAUUUGGCACUGUACAAAAACUAAGCAUUAUUUUCUUUGUGACGACUGGGUUUUUGGUUAUUAUCGUGUGAUUGUGAAACACCUAAUACUGUAGUGUGGUUGGUAAGUGUACAUAGCACAGUAGUGCUAUUCAUUGCUAUCUUGCAAGUGAUAAUGCAACAUUCCCCGCUAAACUUAAAACUUGUUGACUUAUUUUUAAACUGAUGAACACGUACAGUGUACUGUGCUUGGCGUUUUGAGUACUGUAAAAGCCAUAUUUGGAAGCUAUA